UGAGCUGAAUCACAAUUACUUAUGGGAGAAGAUAUGUAAAGUCAAUAUCAACCAUCCAUCAUACCUUGAGCCAUGUUUGCCAAUUGGUUUCCCUACAAUUUUGUAUUGAAAAAGUUGAAAGUCAUAAUUUUAUGACCCAUGAUGGUUUAUUAAUUUCUUAUAUGACUAAGUACGUAUUUGUAAGAACAACUUAAUUAUGGUCUUCAACGGUAAAAUGACUGGGACAAAGAAAAACAUGAGAGCAAUUUGUUCCUGAACGCCCUAAGUAGCAGCUCAGCUAGCGGAGAGCCACUCCAAGGUAUUCUAAUGGCGAUUCGCGCCUUUUCGAGAUCCAGAAUCCCGCGAGCUGCGACGGCUUUCCUCUUCCAGAAGUUGCCGUGUAAUCUGACGAAACAGACCCCGUCGUCUUUAGAAUCUCUAGUUCCAUCGUUAUACUUGAAUGCUCCUACCAAUUCACUUUCCGGGUUCAGGCAAUACCACGACGGGAGACCUAGAGGCCCUCUCUGGAGAGGCAAGAAGCUGAUUGGGAAAGAGGCGCUCUUUGUGAUAAUAGGAUUAAAGCGGUUUAAGGACGACGAAGAAAAGAUCGACAAGUUCAUUAAAUCGCAUGUUAUCAGGCUGCUGAAACUGGAUAUGGUUGCUGUCGUAUGCGAGCUUGAGCGCCAGGAAGAAGUCUCUCUAGCGGUCAAGAUAUUUCAAGUAAUACAGAAGCAAGACUGGUACAAGCCUGAUCGGUUUAUCUACAAGGACCUGAUAAUUGCAUUAACGAAAGGCAAUAAGAUGGAUGAAGCAAUGCGGCUGUGGCAGUCUAUGAGGGACGAGGGUCUGUUUCCUGAUUCUCAAAUGUACACUGAGGUUAUCAGGGGUUUCUUGAGGGAUGGAUCCCCUGCUGAUGCAAUGAACAUCUACGAAGACAUGAAGCAAUCACCGGAUCCACCGGAGGAGUUGCCCUUCAGAAUCUUAUUGAAGGGCCUUCUGCCACAUCCACUCUUGAGGAAUAGAGUGAAGCAAGAUUACGAAGAGCUCUUUCCUGAAAAGAAUGUUUAUGAUCCUCCAGAAGAGAUAUUUGGCAUCCGCUAAGGUCUGCAAUGUUCAUUUGCUACUCUGUGACCUGAUUUCUUUCAAUCAUGUUGAUGAAUUAGAUUAGGGGGUUUGAGAACUAUUCGAGCUUAGCAUACCAAAAGAUCAAGGUUCUGAAAUUCCGGUCAUUUACUGAUGAGACUAGGCGCUUCAUUUAUCAUUGUCAACUAGUAAGGCUAUGAUUCAACUUUGUAGUUUAAGUGCUUCCAAAUUUAGUAUCUCUGUGUAGGUCACUCCCUUCUGCUUAUGUUCUAUGUAUGUCUUCCUAUUUUGUACUUAUCGCUCCGAACAUCCCUGCCUCAGUUCAUUGCAUUCAGUAUUUGGCUACUGCAAGCAGCGACUCAAUAACUAUUCACUCUGACCUUUUUUUAUUAAGAGCAUAUCAAAAGUGAAUGUGGUGCAUGCUGCACUCUGUAAUCUGUUUCAUUUAGUUACACAGAAGUUGCACGCCAGUACUUUUUACAUAUUGCUGAACUUUCAGGCCUCAAACCAUGUUGCUCUAGUGACCUCACUGAAACUGUUUUGAGAUCAUUGCAGGUGACUAGGUACCCAGUUUUCCACAGCACGGAUAUAAGGAGGAUACUGGUUUGUUCCAAACAAAACAAGUCCUCCACUUUCUUCUGGCUUUCAGAGCAUGCGGCUACUGCUUUCUCUAUCGCAGUCCUAUAUGGAGAAGAAAUCCAUAAAUCCUUUCAAGGAUGUGGGUUGAUUGACUUGUCAAAACUCGAACUCCUACUGUAUUCGAACUGGAUGAUUAGGGGUUAUGGUGUAAGGCCGAUAUGAAGGUCAUCAUUCUACAUAAAUUUAUUGUGAACACUUUAUGAAAUGGCUCACCUUUCUUAGCUUUCGCUGUUAUAUACGUCAGUCGCUUGUUAAUCUUUCCUCCGAUGACCGGAUGCUUCCGUGGGGGAGGCCGGCCAGCAAGGAGGGCGCUACUGUGCUAGUGCUUUGAAAAUAUAUCAUUGGGUUGAUGAAAUUGGAGUGAUGGAUCUGGUGGGUUGUUUCCAAUUCAUUGUGUGACAAAAAAAAAUAUGAUGCAUUUGAGUCUGACAAGUUUCGAAAUGAAAGGGUUAAUCGAUUUGCAAAUGUAGGAGGCAGCCAGGCAGGGGUCGGAGUCUAGAGAGGGAGAGGGGGAGCGCCGGAGCGGACAGUAUGCUAAUGCUUUAAGAAAGUUUGUCAAAGUUU